GAGAAAACUCUCAGCCCCUACACACAGCAAUGGGUGGAUCGAAUAUAAUCGGGACGGGUGGCCAGUGAUCUGUUGUGUGACUGUGGGGGCCGAGGGGGAGUGUCGUUGAAGUGCGUGGACUCUUUCGUGUCUGGGAUUUCUAAGAAGAUGAAGAAGUAGCUUGGACUUGAAAAUGGCAUUGGAAGUGUGAACUGUGAUACAUACUCUUUUUUAUCGUUGAGCUUUGUGAAUCAUCCCCAUGUUUACGGGUAAACUGACUCUGAAAGUGUGCGAAGCUGUAGAUCUUAAGCCUACCGACUUUCAAACAAGACACAAUGUAGCUAUAAAACCUGGUGGUGAGCAGACUGUAAGCCUAGAUCCUUAUGUGUCAAUAGAUGUUGAUGAACAGUAUAUAAACAGAUCAACCUCAAAAUCAAAGACACUCUGUCCUAUUUGGAAUGAAUCCUUUGAGACAGAGUGUGAAAAUGCACAAAAUGUAGGGCUUACAAUUUUCCAUGAUGCUGCAAUCCCUCCUGAUGUGUUUGUGGCAAACUGCAUUAUUCCAUUUGAAGAUGUGGAAGACAAGAAGGCAGAUAUCUGGGUCAUGCUGGAGCCCCAGGGCAAAAUUCACGUUGUGGUGUCCCUUACCAAAGCCAAAGACAACGAGGAUGGCUCGCGCGCGGCGCCCAAGCGCGAGUUCAAGGAGCGCGACUAUGGCUUCCGCCUGCGCCGCGGCGCCAUGCGGCGACGCGUGCACCAGGUCAACGGCCACAAGUUCAUGGCCACGAUCCUGCGUCAGCCGGCCUUCUGCUCCCACUGCCGCGAGUUCAUCUGGGGACUGGGCAAGCAGUGCUAUCAGUGCCAGGUGUGCACGUGCGUGGUCCACAAGCGAUGCCACGAGCUGGUGGUGACGCGCUGCAUCGGCGUGCGCCAGACCUUCGACGAGGAGGGUCUGGACAAACGGUUCAGCGUGAACGUGCCGCACAGGUUCGAGGAGCACAACUACAAGCGCUUCACCUUCUGCGAUCACUGCGGCUCCCUGCUGUACGGUCUCAUCAAGCAGGGCCUGCAGUGCAGUGCGUGCAACCUCAACGUGCACAAACGAUGCCAGCGGAAUGUAGCCAACAACUGCGGCAUCAACACCAAGCAGCUGGCCGAGAUGCUCACCCGCAUGGGCGUCUCUUCCCAGAAGCUCAAUCAGCGGAAGAAGAAGACGUCGAUAUCGGUAACGAAGCAGACGAAGAACGCGGCCGGCGCGUCACCGUCGGCGCCGGCCAUCCCCGAGGGCGAGGAGGGCGGCCAGCGCUCAGCCGAGGAUGAGGAGCUCCAGCUGCGGCUCGCCUUCGAGAAGGCCAUGGACGCCAAGCAGGGCGGCACCGCGCCGCACAAACACGAGACCAAGGGCGGCCGCUCCAAUCUGAACCUGAAGGCCGAGGCACACGCCCGGCGCAUGGGCAUCGAGGAUUUCCAUUUCAUCAAGGUGCUGGGCAAGGGCAGCUUCGGCAAGGUCAUGCUGGCCGAGAAGAAGGGCUCGGACGAGAUCUACGCCGUCAAGGUGCUGAAGAAGAACGUGAUCGUGCAGGACGACGACGUCGAGUGCACAAUGACCGAGAAGCGGAUCCUGGCGCUGUCGGCCAAGCACCCCUUCCUGACGGCGCUGCAUUCCAGCUUCCAGACGAAGGACCGGCUGUUCUUCGUCAUGGAGUACGUCAACGGCGGCGAUCUGAUGUUCCAAAUCCAGCGGUCGCGCAAGUUUGACGAGCCGCGGGCGCGCUUCUACGCCGCCGAGGUGACGCUGGCGCUGCGCUUCCUGCACCGCCACGGCGUCAUCUACAGGGAUCUGAAGCUAGACAACAUCCUGCUGGACAGCGACGGCCACUGCAAAAUCGCCGACUUCGGCAUGUGCAAGGAAGGCAUCGCCAACGGCAAGACCACCAACACCUUCUGCGGCACGCCGGACUACAUCGCGCCCGAGAUCCUGCAGGAGCUCGACUACGGCGCCUCGGUCGACUGGUGGGCACUCGGCGUGCUCAUGUACGAGAUGAUGGCCGGCCAGCCGCCGUUCGAGGCCGACAACGAGGACGACCUGUUCGAGAGCAUCCUGCACGACGACGUGCUCUACCCCGUCUGGCUCAGCCGCGAGGCCGUCUCCAUACUGAAGGGGUUCAUGACCAAGAACCCGGCCAAGCGGCUGGGCUGCGUGUUGGCGCAGGGCGGCGAGGAGGCCAUCCAAGCGCACCCCUUCUUCAAGGAGAUCGACUGGGACGCGCUGGAGGCACGCCGCGUCAAGCCGCCCUUCAAACCGAAAAUAAAGGGCAAGAAGGACGCCGUCAACUUCGACGCCGAGUUCACCAAGGAGGAUCCGAAUCUGACCCCAAUCAAUGUGGACAUCAUCAAGGCGAUCAACCAGACCGAGUUCGACGGCUUCUCGUUCGUGAACGCCGACUAUGCCACGCACCGACUGUGAGCGGCGUCGCACCGAGGCGGCCGCCCUGCCGGCAGCGGCUGGCCGCCCCCCCCCCCCCCCCGUUAGUCUCCCUCUUGCCGCCUGUCUGUGUCCCUCGCUGUCUCUCCCUUUCUCUCUCUCCCUCUCUCUGUCUCUGUCUGUGCCGCUCCGAGUGCGUGUGCGUGCGUGCCGUCUGCCGACCCCGUGUUGUAGCUGUUGCUCGUGCUGCGCCCGCGGUCCGCGCUCUCACCCGCGGCCGUCCGACCCAUGACCUUGCCGUGACCGCUACAGGGUCGCUCUCUCCGGCCGCCGCCGCCCGCCCUUCUCGAGAUGAUUUGUUAUACUUUUAGAUUGUUUUUGCUACUUGGUUUUACGGAGGUUUCGUGGCGUUUUCUAGCGGCGCGCACGGCCGGCGCCGUGGCCGCGCAGUGCGGCACGCCGGGCCGCCCCGUCUGUGUCCGCGACAGGCGGCGGCCGGCGCCGCCGCUGUUGUUACUCUGGUAGAGCCGAUGCGUGAGAGCGCGUCAGUGGUCGUCGUUGUGCGUGUGCGUGUCGGGGCGGGCGGGCGCCGCCACCGCGCCGCCCUCUGGGUCGCGUCUCCCCACGGCCGAGAGGGCCGCCGUCGCGCUGGCGCCGCCCGCUCUCCCACGAGCCGUUGUCGCCACUUAUUCCGUGUUCGUAUAGACGUGUGGUUGUUGUUAGGUGUCGGGGCGGCGCGGCCCGCGCCGGGCCACCGACCGGGCGGCGCGCGGCACCCCGGCUGGAGCUCUAGCAGCCGCCGGCCGCCCCGGCCGCCGCCGCGCGCCGCGCCGCGCCCCCUCUUACUAGUCAGACGACAUGGCUUGUAGCGUGGCCAGUGGCGCAGAGGCGCCUCAGCGGGCGGCCGGGCGGCGAGCUCUGACCGCUGAUCUCGCGCCGCCGUCGCGCCGCGCUGGCCCGCGCCGCUCCCCCGCUCCACCCCCUCCGUUCAGUUCGUGCGCCAAUACCUUUUGCUAUACUAUGUAUCUACUGUAUCUCUGUUUGGCAGACCCAAACUUUAAUAAAUCUUUAAUGUGUA